GACGGUACCAGUGCUCCCAGGUGGCUGAGCUUUAUGAGCCAGCUCUGGGAUGGAGUCUCUCGUGAUCUGGACAGUGCUGCGGGCCCUGGGCUUGGUGCUCCUCAUACUUCUGACUGUGGGUGGCAACGUCCUGGUGUGCCUGGCGGUGGGUGUCUGUCGCAAGCUGCGCUGUGUCACCAACGGUCUGGUGGUGUCGCUGGCAGCAACGGACCUGCUGCUGGGCCUGCUCGUGCUGCCCUUCUCUGCCAUGAAGGAGUUGCGCAGCGACUGGCCGCUGGGGGCCGUCUUCUGCAAUGUCUACAUCAGUAUGGACGUCAUGCUCUGUACUGCCUCUAUCCUGAACCUCUUUGCGAUCAGCGUCGAUCGCUACUUCGCCAUCACUGCCCCGCUGCGCUACCCGACGCUGGUCACACCCCAACGUGUCGGCGUCGCCAUGGGGCUCAUCUGGGCCGUCGCCUUGAUGGUGUCCUUCCUACCCAUCCAUAUGGGCUGGAAUACACGGGACUUAAGCAUCCAGAACCAGGGCGAGGACGACCGGCAGGAGGACUGCCGCUUUGAACUGAACAUUAGCUACGUACUAGUGGACGCGUUUGCCACCUUCUACCUCCCCCUGCUGAUCAUGUGCGGCACCUACUACCGGAUCUUCAGGAUCGCACGCGAGCAGGCGCGACGCAUCAACGCCCGCACCUCAACGGCCUGCGUGGCCGCUGCGGUGCGGGAGCACAAGGCCACAGUGACGCUAGCAGCUGUGCUGGGGGCCUUCAUCAUAUGCUGGUUCCCCUACUUCACUUACUUCAUCUACUUAGGGCUACGUGAGGAGACGAGCGUUGACCCCACCACCUACCCCGUGGUGCUGUGGCUGGGCUACGCGAACUCUGCCCUCAACCCUAUCUUGUACGCAGCCCUAAACCGGGACUUCCGCAGGGCCUACGGACAGCUGCUGCGCUGCAGGGGUUCCGACGGCCCCAGCAUGCCUCCUGCUGGCCAGAUGGUGCUCCUCUGCACACACGCCACGUGUAAAGUGGAUUUCCGAGAGGACACGGGAUCGAUGCUGCAGGAGAGGAGCAGCAGCACUCAAACUAGCCAGGACAGGUAGCGUAGCACACCCGGCUGUGUCACACGAGCCAGGGGCAAUUUCAGGUCUUUA